GGUUGAUAACUGGUUGAACCGGGUCAAGAAGGAACCUGAUCUGCCCACCGCCUCUUCUUCUUCAUCGGAGAUUAUCGCCGACGAUUGCUCCGACUGCGAUCUGACAUAUCUCCGGCAAAUUCCUUCAACAAGGCGACUGAGAUUAAUCGCUUCGCCUCUCACUCACCUCCAGCCGUUUGGUGUGCGACUGACUGCGUCUAGCGUUUUAGACAAGCCCAUAGAUCGAGACCCUUCUCCGAUCACCCAAAUCAAACGGAACUCGAGUAAUAUGUAUAAUCUCAGACCAAUCCCAGUUCAAAACAUUACUCCAAGCCACAUAAAUUUCUCACAAUGUAGCAAUUACCUCAUCAAUCGCUCUCCAUUGCAGACACCCAGAUACGGAUUUAACAAUUCGGUGCUAAAUGUGACUGGUGGGAGCUGGAGAAGAAGAAGAAAUGGCGGUUCUUUGGUAGCUAAAUGUGAAAUGAGAGACGAUGGGUUUUACAUUCGUCGGUGUGUUGAGCUGGCGAGAAAAGCAAUUGGACGGACAAGUCCCAAUCCAAUGGUGGGUUGUGUAAUUGUGAAGGAUGGAGAGAUUGUUGGUGAAGGAUUUCAUCCAAAAGCAGGACAGCCUCAUGCUGAGGUAUUUGCAUUGAGAGAUGCCGGAGAUUUAGCAGUUGGUUCUACAGCAUAUGUCAGCCUAGAACCAUGCAACCAUUAUGGAAGAACGCCACCUUGUACUGAAGCUCUGAUUAAAGCUGAUGUUAAAAAGGUGGUGGUCGGAAUGGUGGAUCCAAACCCUAUUGUGGCUUCAAAAGGGGUGGAUAGACUAAGAGCUGCUGGAAUUGAAGUGAAUGUGGCUGUUGAGGAAGAACUAUGUAAGAAGCUUAAUGAGGCAUAUAUACAUCAAAUGCUUACUGGCAAGCCCUUUGUUGCAAUCAGGUACACCCUUUCUGUCAAUGGCCAUUUUCUAAACAAGCUCGGGGAAGAAGUAGCUCAAACGGGUGGAUACUACUCGAAAUUGUUGCAAGAAUAUGAUGCAAUUUUAUGUUCUUCUUCAUUAAUAAAGGAAGAUCAUUUACUUCCAGAAUCUGCAGAACCUGAAGCUAAUCAACCCUUUCAAAUUGUGGUAGCAAAAGAAGGAAGUUCAGAAACUGAUGAAAGAAGAGUAGUAUUAGAUCAAACGAGUCUUGAUUCAAUUCUGGAUUUGUGUAAAAGCCGUGGAUUAUGCAGCCUUUUGGUCGAUUUAAGGGGAAAUGUUGUUGGACUUGAAGAGAUCGUGAAAGAAGGUCUUGAGAAGAAUUUGUUUCAGAAAGUUAUUGUGGAAGUUUUACCUAUAUGGGAUGAAGAAGUGAAAGGAGGAAAUUUUUCUAUUGUUUUAAAUGAUCUGAAUUUAAAACUCGGAUUGAAGAGUUUGACUUCGUCGGAGAUUUCGGGGAAGAGUGUUCUGUUGGAAGGAUACUUCUGAUUUAGGGUGCUGGAUCAUGUAUUAUUUCAUAAAGAGAUAAGCAUAAUAGGUCUUUUGGUGUUAGAAAUUUUUCUUGUAAAAUUUGUGGUUGCAUCUUAAUUUGAUCCAAUAAGAUUUUGUCAAUUUAUUUUGGGAUAGAGAUUUUAUUCCUUUCUGGUUAAUGAAAAUGUGGGUUAGUUAAAUUCAAGUG